UAUAGUAAUUGAUUGAUGGAGUAGCUGGGGGAGACUUUGACUCGAUAGAGGAGCAGAUUGUCAGCCACACAGUUGCAAUAAAAAAGAAAAUCGCCUGAGGUGCCUGAAACAGAGGCAGAGGAACGGAGACGGGAACCGGCGAGAAGGAGGAGUAAGAGGAGGAGGCGGAGGGCAGACUGCUUCAGCUUGGCCGACUCGCGAUGGAGACGCGCGGCGUCAGUGAUUAGCGAGCAGCCGCUUGUGGGACGCGCAGGUUUUGUCAAGGUGGAAUACAAAGUGAGGAUCAUCCAGAAGUUACCGGAGCCGCCUUCAUUCCGUGUCAAUACGCGGAUUAUCUGAGAAGCAUGAACGUGCCGCCUCCGGACCGCAGGAAAUACAUGCGAGAACUGGCUUUGGAGAUUGGUAUCCGAGUUCUGCUCUUCGGAGUUUUUGUAUUCACAGAGUUUCUGGAGCCAUUUGAGAGAGUGAUUCAACCGGAGGAGCUCUGGCUCUACAAGAAUCCUCUGGUUGAGUCAGACCACAUUCCCAAGAGGGUCAUGUUUGCAAUUUCCUUUCUUACCCCACUGGCGGUGAUAUUUGUGGUGAAGAUAAUUCAGAGGACGGACAAGACAGAAAUCAAAGAGGCAUGUUUAGCUGUGUCCCUGGCUCUCGCCCUGAAUGGAGUCUUCACAAACACCAUCAAGUUGAUUGUUGGCAGGCCCAGGCCCGAUUACUUCCUGCGCUGUUUCCCAGAUGGCCAAGUGAACGUGAAGAUGCUGUGCACCGGGGAGCCCGAUCUGGUCUCAGAGGGACGCAAGAGCUUCCCCAGCAGUCAUUCCUCCUUUGCUUUCUCUGGUCUUGGCUUCACCUCCUUCUAUCUGGCGGGGAAACUGCAGUGUUUCACGGAUCAGGGUCGAGGGCGUAGCUGGCGUCUCUGUGCCAUGGUGCUGCCCCUCUACAGCGCCAUGAUGAUUGCACUGUCCCGGACUUGUGACUACAAACACCACUGGCAAGACGCCUUUGUCGGAGGAGUGAUCGGGUUGCUGUUUGCGUACAUCUGCUACCGCCAGCACUACCCACCCUUCCUGCACAUGGACUGCCACCUGCCUUACGCCACUCUGGCCAACGCCGCCCACGUGCCCUCGCACCCACCGGACGACCUGCAGCCCACUGACAAUGCCACCACCCUCCCCCUGGAGGGCCUGACUGAAGGUCCAGUAUGACUAGUGCCCACCACCGAGACAACCCCCAACCCCCUCACGAAGCCGGAAAGCCCACCCCCCCAUCCCUAGUGACUGGCUGGCUCUCGUACACAUUCAAGUGGACAUUAACACCUACAUCUUCGUACAGUCACACUCCGGUGACACACAUUCUUUUCGUGUUUAUUCUUUUAAAAUCGGGCUCUUGCUCAGCAGCCAUGAGAGUCUAUAUUUAGAUGGGAUGUAUGAGAGGAGCCUACGAAUAUGGGACAUCACCACUGAGAGGGAAGAGAGAAAAGCAUGUUGAAAGCCUGAAGAAAGCGGUUUUGCUAAUGGCUGUGAGGGAAGAUGAAAAUAAAGCCAGUCUUUGCUGGAAGUCUUCGCCUAAUAAGAGAUGUGGCUGGCAGCUCGUUUUUAAGCCGGAGCACAUUCAAUGUUUUGCUAUUUAAGGACUGGGACGGCAAGUUGGGGGUAACCCAAGAAAUCCCAUUAAAAUGUCACAGCAAUCAAACCAUGAAAUCAAACCACUGUAAUUAAACUAAUUAGAUAUUGUGUGUUUGAUGGCACAGUUGGAAACAAAUUAUAGAAUCCGAGAGCAAUUCAGCGACAUUUUGAGUGUUUCAGUUUGACUUUCACACCCUGUAUUUUCAGAGGGAACCAAUGUAAGGACAUGGGGAACUAGAUUCAUAUCUUUUCAUUUGCAGUUGAUCAUAGUAACAUAAUUAAAGAUAUUAGACAAAUAUAUUAUAGGAAAUGAGCGCUGGUCUGCGUUUCCAAACCCUUCUAAAAUGACUAAUCUACCUUACUCCGUUUUUAAACCUUCCAUUUAGCUUUCCUGUGCAAUCCUGGACCCACCAAUCCAAUUUUAUUUCUUCACGAGCCCUGAGUUUUCCACGUGUUCCCUGGGGUUGCCCAUGGGUGUGGAGCCAAAUUGUUCCUCAAUGAGUGCAAUCAAUAAGUGGCAGGUGGGAAUGGCAUGGCGGAAGUGUGUCUGGACAGGCACAAACUCCAAUCUGAUCCUGCAUUAAUCCUCAUUAAGGGAGGUCGGCCACCGCGGCUUAUGAGGACAUGAGGACUAUAUGAGAUGCCCCACGGACUGCCCAAGCAUUGCAAAUGGCUCUCAGCCCAAUGCGGUCCCAUAAAUGGCCAAUCUCACAUUCAGCAGAUGACAGGCCAGAGCCCGGACAGCGCGUUUGAUGUAUUAGUCAUCCAUUAAUGUUCUGGUGUUUAGGAAUAUUUCAAGCCUUCAUUUACGGACACUGUGCUGAAACGAAGCAAGCACCAAAGAUUUGUAGCUUUUUUUUCUUUCAGCUCGAUCGUAUGCACCCUCUGAUGUUUUAUUUUUAUCAAACAUGAAGCAUUACUGGUUCCCUAUCAUCACUAAAGCAAUUUGUAGCCUCUCACAAGUUUUGUUCGAAAUGACACAUAAUUUUGUUGCCUUAGUUACUGUGUCUGUUUUGCCAUUGCUGUGACAUUAAUGGGAAGGUGCCUGGUCAUCUUAUCUCUAACCCUACCAAGCUACAUAGGAAGGCAAAGGUUGUUCGGAUUUGCACAUAAAAGUGGAAAAGGGGGUAAAAAACAGCAUCAAAACAUUAAAUGGAUGUUUGAGUCUAAUCUAGACUUUUUACAUGUUUGUGUAAAAAGCAUCAGUGGAGACUUGUACCUUCAGCUGCAGUUUGCUUCCUGUGCUCGCGGCACAGGGAAACGCAACCACGACAUUCACUGCGAACAAAAUUCCUUUAAACAUCAUUUACUGAAAUCAAUAAGGCCUCUAUCACUGAUGCAACCCAGUGGCACGUUCUUAAAAUUGUAUGUGUGUGUGAGUGUGGGGUUGUUUGCAGUACACCAAUGCAAUAUGGAAUGAAACUUUACAAGGGGGGAGGCGCUCGACUCUGCUCGUCAGACUCUGGACUCGAAGACACUGAGGAGUCCAGAGAGGAAACUGACUGGGAGCUGCUGCAGAGUCUGUCAGCCAGCCCUGGAUACCAGUGACGGAGAGGUUCUGACCGCUCGAGUCAGAUUCUUGGAUGAAUGGAUUGUGACAGAGACGCGUUAUGUUCUAUAGAGCUGCAUUCGCCUGACUUGGCAGCCUGAUGUCUGUACCUUGUCAUUAGUUCUCUCCUAGUAGAUGUUAUGUAUAUUGGUAAAAAAAAAAAAAAAGUAUUGUUCAGAAAUUGUGUCUGUAAGAGUAUUUUGGCUUUGGUGCUAUAGAUACUUUUGUAGCAGUAGGCGUUACUUUUUUUCGAAUGGUGGAAGAGUACAUUUGAAAUAAAAGUUUUCUACCUAAACAAAAUAUAUAUAUAUAUAUAUUAAACAUAAUUCUGUUUUGUUUUUAGUUUUUUGAACCAAAUGUUCAGAGGUACUAUAAGUAGUACGGCCAUGUUGAAUAAAAAAUACUGAGAUAAGGAAUAAAUUGGAAUUGUUGGAAAAGAAGUAGCAAUUUUUCAAGAAAUAUGUUGUAAUAUUACAUGAUGAAAGAUAUGAAUUUGUAAUACAUUUACCUUAAAAGGUUGGAAUUUCACGCAAUUGUAGGAUAAAAAAGAUAAAGAGAUAUUACGGCAAAGAAAAAUUAUUGUAUGAGAAUAAAGUUAUAAUAUUACGAGGAAAAAGGUGGAAUUUUAUGAGAAUAAAGUUAUAUUAUAACGGUAAUCUCAGAUUUAUCCCCUCAACCUAGCCCUAAUACAAUGCUGUAUAAAGGACACCACUGCUUGUGAAUUAUUUCCAACCAUUUCACCAUCCCAGAGACUGAUGGGAUAAAAGUAAGAAAAAAAUAUUAUAGAAUGAUGAAACUCCAGGUGUCUGAAGAAAAAAAAGCGUGAAAGACUUAUGAAUCUCUUUUCAUGGCAUGCCGGUUCCAUUUGUGAGAAGAGUGUGUUUUCUAUGAAUACGCAUGUCUUGCCUUGAGAACUCUUUGAGCUGUGUUUUGCUGUUUCUAUACUUUAUGUACAAUAAAAGACUGCAGCUGUGUGAAAUACGUCCGUGAAGAAAACAAAGGAGCCUAAUGUAUCUUGUCAAAGUGUGACCGCUGGAGUCUGCAUUUGUUGUUGCUACAGGAACUCUGAACUGCUUCUCAUGCAUCCAACACAUCGAGACAAGUCACGGUCUGAGGAUGUUCGUGUGGAGACACUCCACCCUGUCAUCACAUCCUUGGUGUUGCAACAUUAGCAUUUAUUAUAUACAAACGGACAGUCUCACAUUGUGCAGCGGCAGACAUUGGAAUGAGUUGCAUGAGUUCAUUUUCAGUGAAUUUAUACUUCAAAGGUCCUGCUGACAGACUGCUGUGUGUGUAUGGGUGUGUGUGUGUGUGUGUGUGUGUGUGUGUGUGUGUGUGUGUGUGUGUGUGUGUUUGUGUGUGUGAAUGCAACUGUGUUCUAAGUGUGUGUUGUGACUUUUCUUGCAUUAGUUGUGUUACACUCUUG